AUGAAAUACGGGCUUAUAAUGGACGAAACAAAUGAAUCAAGAUGUGAAAAAACAUAUACGUCAGAUACUGUAUCAGAACGCUUUGUAAGUAAGCAGGGAGGAUAUUUUAACAAUAACAGUAAUAGUGAGAGUAACAAUAACAGUAAUAGUGAGAGUAACAAUAACAGCAAUAGUGACGGUAAUAGUGGUAGCUAUAGUGGUAACAAUUGUGAUACCAAUAAUAAGGGCAAUGCAAAUAGCCAUAGCCACCAUAAUUGUAAUUGUUCAAAGAGUAACUUUAUUGGUGAACCCAGCAAAUUCUAUAAAAAAAGCAUAACAGUGGAACACAGCAGCGAUAAUGAACAUUCUUUUGGGAAAAAUAAAUAUAAGGAUUACUCAAAACAAAGCACACUAAACAUAGAUAAUAAGGAUAAUGAGAAUGUGACAGAUCAUUCCUCAGAAUUUAACGAUUUUUGUAUACAAAAGGAAAGAAAAGGCUACAAUAGCAGUUUCAAGAAGACUUGUAAAGGGUAUAGUGAACAAAUUUGUGAAGUGGUUUCCAAUACAGAUGAUUUUAGUAACGAAAAACCCUCCAAUAGAAAUGAAGUAGUAACUUCUCAAAUGAACGAAAAUGACAUUUUCACCCCCUGUAAGGAGAAAAGGGACAUAUCCAUCUACAAAAUGAACGGAAGAAACUUAAAUAUAAGAGUUACGAAGGAGAGUGUGAUAAAAGAAACGGGAACGAAUCAGAACGAAAAAACCGAAUGUGAAAUGCCCAAAUGUGAAAAAAACAUGGAUGAAGAAGGUGAAGAGAAUUCCAUAAAAAAUGAAGAAAACGAUUCAAUAUUGUAUGAAGGAAAUGAGAAAAAUUCCCAGAAUAUAUCAAAAAUCUACAGGGAUACAUUGGGAAACAAUUUAGACAUUAAUUGGAAUAAAUCACAAAUAAAAACAUGCAUUAGAAUUAAGCCAUUAGAUACAGUGGGGAAUCCAUCAGAAAAUGUAGUUACACAAAAGGGACAAAACAAAAUAUUAAUUAAUUACGGAAUGCAGAGUGAAAAUAAGAAAUGUGAAUUUUUGGUGGAUAGAAUUUUUAAUGAAGGCAGUACACAAUCUGAUAUUUGGAGAAGUAUUUGUUUUUGCAUAGAUUCUAUUUUUUAUUUUAAGAAUGCAACUAUAUUUGCUCAUGGUCACACAGGGACAGGGAAAACAUACACCAUGAUAGGUCCUGAUGUCAUGGAGCUAAUUAAAAAAAAAAAAAAAAAAACUAGAUAUUUUGCAAAACGAAUUCAGCCAAUUGAAUUGUUAAUAAAUACAAAUAGUUUAAAGAUUCUAAAUAAUAGCAGCAAUAGUAACAGCAACAAUUUUUUAUACGACAGAAAGAGGUCCUGUUCACAACCAAUCUUUAACUUCCCCCCUAGAAUGAUCCCUUUAGCAAAUGGAAAUUAUAGCAAUUAUAAGAAAAUGUACGAUGUGCCAAACAAUACUGCAUGCAGUGGUCCCUACAAUUCUGCUAACAAUUCGUCAAUCAGCACACCAAAUUGUUCCCACAAUCCUAGGUAUUAUCACAAGUCUAAUAUGGAGUGCAUAAGUGAAAAUAAUUACGGAAAGUAUGAAAUUUACAAAAACUUUUCUGAAUAUCAAAGCGAGUAUAAGCCUAAUAUGAAAAGUUUAAAAGAUGAAAUUAGGUUAAUUAUGAAUUCAGAAAAAAAGGGUAUGAUACCUAGGGCAUGUGAGGAAAUAAUGAAUAGACUAUCGUUGAUGAAGGCUUUUCGUAGUGGGGUAGAAGUGUGCCGUGAUGAAAGAGAACGCAUGGAUAGUGAAAAUCGAAGUGACAGUCAAAGUUACGAUCGUGGUGAUGUUCAAAAUGGUGCCCGUGACAUUCCGGCAGGAAAAACAAAAAGGCAAGAAAAUUGCCUCGACGAGCUACGCGAAAAGAAUAAAAAAAGGAAGGAUGUGUUUAAAAGCGUGAAGGUAUACGCAUCUUAUAUGCAACUGUACAACGAUAGAAUAUUUGAUUUAUUAAAUCCGUAUACGGAACCACAACUUUAUUUAAGUACGAAAAAGUCUAAAUUCUCGAAUAACACCACGUCCGUUUCUGGUUUAUUGACUGUAGAAGUUACAAGCUGUGAAGAGUUGAUAGAACUGUUGAUAGAUGGCACAAGUAACAGAGCAUGCAGAAUUACGAAAACGAAUGAAAUGUCGACAAGAUCACAUUCAAUAUUUAAAAUUGAAUUAAGGUAUAUGAAUAGUUCUAAGCCAGAAUGUUUUAAGUCAGGUAAUUUAUUACUAAUUGACUUGGCAGGGAAUGAAAAAUAUGCAGCAUCUAAUGAAAAAUUAUAUACUACAGAAGUGUGUUCCAUAAAUCGAAGUUUGUCAGCUUUGUCACUUUGCAUUAAUGAGUUGUCGAAGGGUAAUAAAAACAUCAGCUAUAGAAAUUCUAUAUUGACGAGGUUGCUACAAGAUUCAUUGGGUGGAUCUAGUAAAACUGUUUUCAUAUGCACCAUAUCUGCGUGUAUGAGAAAUGCACGUGAUACCCUGUCCUCCUUAAAGUUAGUAUCAAAGGCAAAAAAAAUACAAAUCGAAAAUAGGUGUAACAAGACACUCGUAUAUGAAGAGGAUAUAAGAAAACUAAAGAAGGAACUACAUUUUCUGAAAAAAUUUGUUUUUUUUCAAUAUAUUACAAAUAAGUACGAGAGUCGGAAAAGAUUGAAAAAAAUAAAAGAAUUUUAUAUUGCCAACUCUGCGCUUGCUAAGGAGGAAUCCAUUUUUCAUCGUCCCAGUGUUGGUUCCUAUGGGGGAACAGUUGGUAUCGAUAGUGGUAGCGGUGACAGCACUGUUGAUAGAAGUAGCGCUUGUAGUAGAAGUUCCAAUGGUGAAAUUCUUGAGGACAAGGAAAUGUGUGAUAAAUGGAGAAAUCGGAAGGGGAUCAAAGAGGAGAUAGACAUUCCGGAAGAAGGGAGAAUGGUCGGAGAGGAAUUAAACGAAGUUGAUUCGAAUGAAUAUAGGAAUAAUGCAAUUGGAGCCAACGGAUGUGUAGAUAACAGCGCUGAGAAUAAGGAAGCAAACGAGAACGAAUAUCAUAGCAUGUACGAGGGAAUAGAAAACAUUUAUAAUGAUUAUGAACUUACGUCAUUCAACUCUCUUCUAUAUCAGUGGAACUUGAAUAAGUCUAGUAUUAAAAAGGUAAAGGAGAAAUUAUUGAAAAACCUAAAUAAUAAAAAGAAUUUUUGGUUUCACUUCAAUGGGAAUAUAAACAAAAAGAGCAUCAUGAACUUUAUAGAAACGCAUACAAUCGAGUAUGAGAUAGAAAGUGAUGGAGAACUAUAUAAUGAAAGUAGUGAUAGUCAUGAAAAUGUGGUUAUGGGCGAAUACGAAGAAGAGGAAAUAGAAGAAGGAGAAAACUGCAUUGAAGAGGUAGGUGAUUAUAACGAAAAUGACUUCGAUAACAAUAGCAAUUAUGAUGGAAGUAAAAAUAAAGAUCAGCAAGGCAAUGCGAAUUACGACAACGUGGAUGGAGAGGAAAAUGAAAUUUCUAGCUCUUAUGAAGAUGUCACAUGUACGAGAGAACAAACAUUGCAGGAGAAUAACGCAAGGAGCAAUGAAGAUAAUAUAAAGGAUGAAAAAAAAGGUGUCGAAAUAUUCCGUCCUCAUGACUAUGGUGAUAAUAAAUGUAUCAUUUUGGAUGGGAAAUGUAGAAAUAUUUUGAAAGAGAGAGGUAAUAUAAGUGAUGAUCAUGAGGGGUAUGUAGUAAAGAGGGGUGUUAUGGAAAAAGAAGGCCGUAACCAUUGUAUCAUGAAUAAGGGGGAGAAUAGCGAGAAAAGGGAAAAUGAAGAUCCAAAUAUAAAUUUGGAAAAAGUAAAGGAUACCAUUUACGCAGAAGAUGUUAUAAGCUAUAAGACAAUGAAAAAAUGCAACAGUAAAAAAUUAAAUUGUACACCGGAGGUGACAAAUGCAAUAUUUGUGCAAAAUUACAAUUCUGAAAAUGUAGAAAAAUCGCAAAGUAAUAAAAAAAAUGGCACUUCCGUUUUAGGAAAAUUUGCAGGAUCCACAGAAAAUACCCAAUACAUGGAUAUGAUUCCAAGGGAUAAAAAUCUUAGAGGAGAAAUGAGAAAAGAAGGGAACUUACAAAGGGGAGGGGUAAAUGAAGGAAUUAAUUCAUUUUUUUGCAAUUUAUCUAUGAGUAUUAACAAGAGAAAAGGGACUAGUAGGAUUUGUAAAAAUAAGUCACAUGAACAGGGUGUGAUGAAUGUAACCGAACAAAAAAGAAGAAAAAAAAAGGUCAUAAAAUGUAUAAAAACAGAGAAAGAGAGAAACAUAUAUAAUACCUGGAACAGGAAUGGUGGGUGCAAAAACAAUGUUGAGAAAACCUCUUUGUUCUCGAAUGGUAGAGGAACUUACAGAAAAAAAAAGUACGCUGAAUUGCAUAAAUUUAGUAAAUGCACGCACUUGUUGGAUGUAAAUUAUGGAACGGAUCUAACUUCAUCGGAUAAUGCCACGUAUAGGAGUUCAUUCAAGAAGGGUUUAGUGAAUGGUAUAGGUAAGAAGAUGAGUGAAGUUUGGAAAGGUACAAAAGAAAAUAUCAUGACUAGCCAUGCAGAAAUAAAUGGAAAAGACUCAAAAAGAAUGGAAGAUCCAACAGAAAAAGGGGAUGGCUGGAGGAGAGAAAAAAAAGAUCUCAGUGAUGGCUUCCAAAUGAAGAAGACACUUUGCUCUAAUUCCAUGAAUUAUAAAUUGGGGCAUAGGAGUGAUGAACAGAAUAAUCUAUAUAAUUUACCCAAUCUACAGUAUCUAUUGGAAUUAAGUAAUCUAAAUAAGAAACACAAUUUUGUUAAUAAUGUGGGGAUAAAUAACAUGGUAAUUAAUAAGGUUAAUAUUUUCCCCAAUUCGAAAGAAGAAAAAAUUUAUGGUGGGAAUGUGUGUGAGAUGAAAAAUAAAGACUUAUUUGUCCUAAGAGAUGACAUAGCAAGUGGUAAAAUAAAAACAAAUGGAAGUGUUCCAGUUGCAGUGUCAGUUCCAGGGAAUUACAUAGAAAGGGAUAAUUUAACUGGAGAAAAAAAAGAGCACAGAGGGAGAUCCGUCAGUGAAAAUUGUUGUUUGAGCAAUUGGAAGAAUAAAACUAUUAUAGGACAAAAUAGCAAGGGGAAGUUUGCGUAUUAUAUCGAAUUUGACAAAAUUAAUGAUGUGAAAAAAUAUAUCACAGAUGGGAAUAUAACUACCAAUAUGAGAAAGGGGAAUAAUAAUGAUUUGAAAAUACAUAGUGAGGAACACGUCGAGGACAUAUAUAGAGGUGUAAAAAAUAGAGUGGACAGUUUUGAUAAAAAAAAAAAAAAAAGAAAAAAUCAUUUAAUUGCACAAAUUGAGGAGAGCUGGUUAAAUUUUGAGAAAAAAUUAGAAACAAAACUGAUAGGAAGAAAAGAAAUGAAAAAGGAUGCUCAAGGAGGUGAAAGUGAUAGCAGCAAAAGAAAAGCGAUACAGGCAUGUGAUAGAAGCAAACUGAGCGCAUUGGAUGAAAAUAAGAAAAAGUUAGACAUAUUAAAAAGUCGUUAUGAGAAAAUACUGGUAUCCAAAUCUCAAAAAAGGGAUUCUAAAGAUGUCUCUUUGUUGUGCCAUUCUGUUGGAGGUUUCGACACUAAGAACAGUAUUGCAGGAUACAAUAGUAGCAGCUGCAAUGGCCUUGGUACGACAAGGGGGGCUGCUUUUUCAGAAAGUGGUAUUAGCACCAUUCCAUCUGCACAUAAUAUUAGAGCAUUCAAAAAUAUAGAGUUUCAGAGUCCUAAAAAAAAAAAGAGUGAUGUAUAUAGAGGCUAUGAAAACGUUAUUCAGCAUAACAUGAGUAAUAAUCCAGUAUCAUUUGAGGAGGAAAUUACUAGUUGGAGGAAGAAGGGAUUUACACAUGAUAAUAAUAACACCGUAAAAAAGAAACAUGAUUUAAGUAGAACCAUAGUAGGAGGUGCAGAUAAUUUUCAAGAGUUUAUAAGAAUGUCAGAUCCAGAAAGAGGAAAACGAUUCUUUGUUCAUAACAAUCUAAACGGAACCUAUACAGGAAUGGGAAACAAAAAAUGGUACAAAAGUGAAAUAGUAAAUAAAUUAACAAAUUCGAAGAUUGAAGAAAGGGAAGACAGCCAAAUGGAAAAACUAAAAUUGGAAAUUACUAAAGGGAAAAAGGUGCAUAAGACUAAUACUGUGGGGAAAGUAUAUGUCCUGAAUAGCACAGAUUUGUGUAGAGGGGAAAAUAAUUCUACAGGAGCUGAAAAUUUAAGAAAAAAUAUGAAUCUAAAUGAAAAUUUGAUUUUCACAAGAGAAUAUAAUGCCAGGGACGAUUGCACUUAUGUCAACAAUAGAAGCAAUGUUGAUGGGUCAGAUAAAAUUACGAAAAAAUGGAAUUAUCAUAUGGUUAACAGAAAUGGAUUAGGUACACGUAACAAUUCGAAGAAUGUUCAGUUAGAAAGAAAGACAUCAAGCAGUGGCAUAAGCAACUGUGUAUUAUUAUCCACGCAAGGAAAUUUUCAAAAUUGGGAAGGGUAUACUAGCGGAGGAGUAGUAUCAAAAAGAGAGGACACACUGUGCAGAGAUAUUGCUGCAAGGAGAAGAAUGCAAAUAGGGAAAAACAAACCGAAAAUUGAAAUACUUAAUAUGAAUAAGUAUGGUGGAAAAUAUAUGGAGGAAGAAAAUGUUCAAAAUGGUUAUGUGCAUGAAAAGGAAAAUAAUUCUUCAGAUGUAUGCUAUUACAAAAGUAGAAAAAUGCAUAAGAUGGAUUUUUUUCAUCCCAAUGCUGGUAGCAUUUAUGACAACUAUGAAAAUCCUGAAAACGUAAAAAUGAGAAAUUGCAAUUACACAAAUUGUCAUAGAAUAUAUCAUAAUAAUAAAAUUAAUUAUGGGAAUAGUGUGAUACCUUAUAGCAAGAAAACGAAAAUGAAUGAAAGUAUAAAAAAUAUUCAUUCGUAUAGUAAUGAUUUUCAUUCCGAUAAACUCAUUGUUAAGAAUGGUAUAAUUUAUGGAGAAAAAAUUAAUAAGGUACAAGAUGUACUUCCUACGCAUGGCAGUGGCCAUAAGGAUAAGGUCGAAAUGUAUUUUCAUGAUUUUAACACAAAUGAAUUUAGACAACUCAAAUUAAUACAUGGAAAUGCUAUGAAAUGUGAUCGACCGAUUUACAAGGCCAGUACAUUCAAAUAA